AUUAUUAAGUAGAACGGAUUCCAGGCCACGGCCUCGUGGGCGUGGGCAAAUGGGAGCUAUCCGGGCUUCUCUGCUUUUGCUCCUUCUAUUGCCCGCCCCGGACAACACACAGGUCCACUCUCGCCUCACCGCUCUCCACUACGUACGUCGAUUGGGCAGGUACAUAUAUACAUACCUGGCGGCCAGACCGGUAGCGAUACCUGCAUAUGCACACCCGGAUACAUUCGGUACAUCCAUCGAUCCAUCCAUCGAUUCAUUAGGUGAUCCAUUGAUCCAUUCAUCCAUUACAGCGACGUGUAUGUACAAUAUAUACUAUAUGUUAUGUAGUACGCCUUAUACCUUAUACACAGGGAUUGUGCAUUACAAUUAUACAGAUCGCCUACCCCUAGUAUUCCCCUCAAGAGUCUCGCGUCAUCACUCUCGUCUCCUUACUUACUCCCACCGCUUCGACGUCUGGCCGCCUCGUCUCUCCGGUUUUCCUCCAGUUUUCUCUCCAUUCUCCCUCGACCCCAUCCGGCUCGCCGGUGGGCCUUCUUAUCUCUGCCAUGUAUUCUUGGUGAAAAGUCUUGUUGGUGGAUGUUACGUCGUAGGUUGGCGGAAUUGAGAUGGCGCUCAAGCCCUCCCCCGAUCCGACUCUGUGGUUUUGUCGUCAAACCAUCUCCUCUUUUACGAGGCUAGCGUGCCACCGUCCCUCCAUCGAGACUCGUAUGUUGAAAUUGCAGGU